CGCCCUGCGCGCCCGCCGCGUCCCCGCCCCUCCGCCAUGGCCGAUGUGGAGGACGGGGACGAGCCCGGCGCCCCCCACUCGCUGCCGGGCUCCGCGGGCUCCAGGGCUGGCGCCCCCGACAAGAUGUUCUCGYUGAAGAAGUGGAACGCGGUGGCCAUGUGGAGCUGGGACGUGGAGUGCGACACUUGCGCCAUUUGCCGGGUGCAGGUCAUGGAUGCCUGUCUUAGAUGUCAAGCUGAAAACAAACAAGAAGAUUGUGUUGUGGUUUGGGGAGAAUGCAAUCAUUCCUUCCACAAUUGCUGCAUGUCCUUGUGGGUGAARCAGAAUAAUCGCUGUCCCCUCUGCCAGCAGGACUGGGUAGUCCAGAGAAUAGGCAAAUAAAAUCUGGAAGGGUUUCUUUCUGUUGAACUUGUUGGAAUGGUGUGUGUGUUAUGCCAUAUGCUCAUGCAGAACGGAACGUGUCAAUCAGGACAUGAUUYGCUUGGUUUAUCUGCCACAAGACCAGGGUGGGUUUGGUGCAGGCUCCUUGCUGUACUAGAUGCAGUCCAUGGCUAGGCUCACUGCAGGGCUUCCACCAUUGAAACAAGAGAUGCUACAUCAACAAAUGUAUCUGCUAUGAUUAACGUGUUACCUGUAUCAGAGCAUAGAAACCUGGUGGUGCAAAUUAUACUCUAAACACAGAGCAUUUAAUCUUUUUGUAUUGAUAAAUGAAUUAAAUUGGAAGGGUGACCUUAUCUGGUCUGAUACACUGGAUAGUUUACUGUCAGGAUAAAKAAAAUGUUUUCUAAGUAAUAUUGUAUGCAAAAACACGGUGUGUUUUUUUAGAAACUAUUUCGGGUUUUUAGUUUAAAAUGAACAGUGUGUAAAACAUUUGCUAUGUGCUUUUCCAUCACCCUGUAUUAAACAUUUCUAAUGUUGGUUUUCUUUGACUUGGUUUUGUUGUCUCUCUAAGUCUGUUGCUCUGUUAUAUUCUGUACAUGAUUUUUACAACCAUAAAAUUUAAAUGUAAUCACAUUAAUAACUUUUUAAUUUGUAUUUCUGUUAGUGAUCAGGGA